AUGGAGGAACUACUGGCAUAUAUGGUGGGUGCCAGGUUCGAUAGGUUGAGGCAGAGUAGCAUGUUGAUCCCGCCCAAACUCUAUUAUCCCACAUUGGUCAGGGAAUUUUACUCAAAUUUGGUGCUGGUUAAGGAGGUUGAUGACGGCUCCAAGUCGACUUCCUAUGUAAAGGGAGUAAUCAUUAGCUUCAAUGCCGUGGAGCUGGGGGUUCUUCCCAAUAUAACCUCAGAAGAUGAGAAGCGGAGUUUGUUUAAGGUCCUCUCCAAUGACAGGUUCAAGGAGAACGAAGAUCUUUCCAAGUUCCCUCUGAAAUUUAGGCGCACAUCUGGGAUCUUACAGGACAAGGUCCAUGGACUAGGUCCAUAUACCAAGUCAUUUCCAGCAAUUCAGAUCGAUUUCUUACAGGGAGAAGGCAUGGGAAGUAGUGAUGACAUAAUUGUAUCCCAUAUUGUAGCAGUCUUACUUGACAAAUUAUCCUCAGAAGCAUUAAGGGAUUUUGGAUCGGUAUGGUGCGUACAAAGUGAGCUACGUUCACUCUCAGAUCUUCUUGGGAAAAUUCAAGAACUGCUCAAAUUUGCAGAGGAAGCUCAAACAAAGAAUAUCUUGGUGAAACGCUGCCUCAGAAAUCUCAGAGAUGUUGCUUACCGAGCUGAGGACAUAAUGGAUGAGUUCAUCUAUGAAGCUCGUAAAGAAAAAGAUGAAAGGUAUGAAGCUGGAAAAGUCAAAGAGGUACGAUCUUUCCACUCUAACUUAAAUGAAAGUGGGCUUUUACAUAAAGAAGAAAUCGUACCUCUUAUAAAUGAUGAACUCCUAAAGAAACUAGUGGAGAUUGAGAAGAAACUUGAAGAUCACUAUUGCAGAGAAAGGAAGAUGAGUCUAUAUGUAAUUGAUGAACUAGAUACUAGGCCAAGGAGUGGUUCUCUAGUAGACGAGUCUUUUACUUUGGGGAGAAAGGAAGAUGAAGAAACAAUAAAAAAUAAGUUGUUGUCGUAUCAAGAUGAAAGUCAAAAACAUGUUUCUGUUAUUGCCAUUGUUGGAUUGGGAGGUGUAGGCAAGACAACUCUAGCCCAACUUGUCUACAAUGAUCCUGAUGUAGAGAAACAUUUUGAAAGUAGAGCUUGGGUUUGUGUGUCUACUGAUUUUAAUGCUGUGAGAUUGAUCUCUGCAAUUCUAGAGUCCUUGACUGGGGAAAAUCCUAACUUGAGAAACCUAGAACCACUUCAACAUAAGUUGAGAGAUAAAUUAAAGGGGAAGCGAUUUUUAAUCAUCUUAGAUGAUGUUUGGACUGAAAAGGAAAAUGAUUGGAAAUCUCUGAGAGUUGCAUUCAGGGCUACAGGGGAAGGAAGUAAAAUAAUUGUAACAACUCGAAGUAGAAGAGUUUCUUCAAUGAUGCAUCCCAUGUAUACCCAUGAUCUACAAAUUUUAUCGGAUGAAGAGUGUUGGUCAAUAAUGGAAAGGCAGAUAUCUGUAAAUUAUGGAUCGAUUGCUCCCAGCCUAGAAGCAGUGGGUAGGAACAUUGCAAGGAAGUGCAAAGGAUUGCCCUUGGCAGCAAAUACUCUUGCAGGCCUUUUAAACUCUAGUUCAGAUUUAAACCAUUGGCUAUCAGUCUUGAAUAGUUGCAUGUGGGACUUAGAAGAGAGCAAUUUACCAGCUGCGCUAAGUCUAAGCUAUUAUUUUCUUCCCACAUAUUUGAAGCAGUGUUUUGCUUAUUGCUCUGUAUUUCCCAAAGAUUAUAAAUUUGAUAAGCAAAGUCUCAUCAAACUGUGGAUGGCAGAAGGAUUUAUUAGAUCGAAAACAAGAAUGGAUGAUAUAGGUGGUCAAUAUUUUGAUGAUUUGCUUCAUAGAUCUUUCUUUCAGCACUGCAAUAGAGAGUGUAGAUUUGUAAUGCAUGACCUUGUACAUGAUUUAGCACAAGCAGUGUCAGGGGAUGUGUUUGGUAGAAUUGAUGAUGAUGAUGAGUGUGGUGAAUCAUGCCAUAGCUUCAAAGGGACCCGUUAUUUGUCCAUUUGUUGUCUGAAACACAUGUUUAAGGACAAAAAUCAUGAUCACAAGUGGUUAUCCACAAUGAUAAACCUAAAUCAAUGUUAUUGUUUUGGCUGGGAUAAUUUUCUCAAGUCUUUUGGGAGACUGAGAUCCUUACGUGUCUUAGACUUGUCUGGUUCUAAUAUUUGGAUGCUUCCUGAUGAUAUUGGUGAUUUGAAAUACCUACAGUAUAUUAACCUCUCUAAUGUUCAUGAGAUUCGUCAAUUACCAGAGUCAGUGUGCAAUCUUCUCAAUCUACAGUCAUUGCUACUCUGUAAUUCUGGAAUACGUGAGUUGCCUAGAGGCAUGAAGUAUCUACGCUAUCUCCAGCAUCUAGACACGUAUGGGUGCAGGUACUUAUGUUCCAUGCCACAAGGAAUUGGGAGAUUAAGUAGUCUCAAGACAUUGUCAAAGUUUCCUGUCUCGAAACAUGAUGAUGGUGGUUCUGGGAUAAGAGAGCUGAAGGAGCUGAGGCAGCUUGAGGGCGCGCUUUUGAUCUGCUCGUUAGAGAAUGUGAUAGAUCCUCGGGAUGCUUGGGCUGAUUUGAUGAAUAAGCCGAAAAUAGAUGAGUUGACAUUGUCUUGCUUGCUACCCAAUGAUGUUAGUGAUAUAGAUAUUGAGGUUUUUGAAGGUUUACAACCUCAAACUGAGUUGAAGAGUCUAUCUAUUCACGGUUACUAUGGUUUAACAUUUCCAAGAUGGUUGAUGGUAGAAUUGCCAAGCUACAACAAGCUAGUCUCUUUGACACUCAGCGCCUGCUGGGAAUGCCAAGUCCUCCCACUGAUUGGGAAGCUGUCGGUGUUGGAAUCUCUACACAUAGUAGAAAUGAAGAAGUUGGAGGAGUGGUCAAGCAACUCUAGAGGGGAGGAAACUGAAUUCCCUAGCCUUCUAAGGCUAACCAUUGAAAGUUGUUCCGCACUGAGGAUACUACCACAACCACUUCUAUCAAGUCCAAGACUAUGUGAAUUGAGUAUCAAGAAAUGUCCAAGGCUCAGCAUGUUGCCUCGUGAUGGACAAAGCAAUCUCAUGACCUCUCUCAAAAAUCUUCAUCUUGGGGAUGGAAUGGAAGGGUUGGUGCAGUCUCUGGAUGAGACUGAGACUCUACCACCAAAUCUUAAUUGCCUUUAUAUCUAUUAUUGUAAAUCACUACCCAAGGGGUUGAGAAACUUGUCUUCACUCCAACAUCUGAAGUUUGGUCGAUUUUGUAAAAUCAACUACAGCCCCGAGGAGCUCCCCAAUAAUGUCAUCUUGGAUUCAAAGCAGGAUGCUGAAUCAGAAUCGCAAAACCAGGCUCAAGAAGCUUAA